AUGUUCCUUGCCGGCGAGCGUGCUGGCGAGCGCAAGGAGGGACGCCGUCUCGGUGUUCGCUCAGUCAACGACGAUGCCGAGCUCGACACCCGUUCCCCACAGCGUGGGUCUUUCCUGAGGCAGGAGGAGCGCAAGAUGUUCCGCGCCGGCGAACGUGCCGGUGAGCGCAGGGAGGCUCGCCGAUUUGGUGCGCGGUCGGUGGAGGACGACUCUUCUGAGCUCGCCGUCCGCUCCCCUCAGGGUGGGUCUUUCCUGAGGCACGAAGAGAGGAAGAUGUUCCUCGCGGGUGAGCGUGCUGGUGAGCGCAAGGAGGCCCACCGCUUCGGCCCUCGCUCCCUUGAAGAGCUCGACUAA